AAAAGAAACAGCUGUUUCUUGACAGCUGGAACUAUCUCUGAUAAAAGUUGCGUUAUUAUUAAAAUAAAACAUAUAUUAUGCAGACUAUUAAAGUCAGGAUAAUUUUUCGAUAUUCCCUAGAUCUUUAAUCCAACUCGAACAGGUAAACGGUAUCAUUAGGAACAAGUGGAGAGAAAUAUGUUUUCGGCUUUUAAAAGGUUAGCCGGCAAGUCUGAGGGGCCUGGAAAUGUGUCUCCCAGGCCGGCACAUCAGUCGAUGCCGACAACGUUGCAAAGAAAGUUUGCCAAAGGUGUACAGUAUAAUAUGAAAAUCAUAAUAAAGGGUGACAGAAAUGUGGGAAAGACAUGCCUGUUUCAUAGACUGCAGGGACAGAAGUUUGUCGAAGAAUAUGUACCGACCGAAGAAAUACAAGUAGCUAGUAUUCAGUGGAAUUAUAAAGCGACUGACGAUAUUGUCAAGGUGGAAGUUUGGGACGUUGUAGACCGUGGAAGGAGACGCCGGAAGUUGGACGGAUUGAAGAUGGACAAUGCUCCUUCUGAACACGUAAUUGAAGAGCCAGCCUUGGAUGCCGAAUUUUUAGACGUCUACAAAGGGACCAACGGAGUCAUAGUCAUGAUGGAUAUCACAAAAACUUGGACGUUUGAUUACGUUCAAAGAGAACUCCCUAAAAUACCAAGCCACAUUCCUGUCAUUGUUUUAGGCAAUCAUUGCGACAUGUCUCAUCAUAGAACCGUCACUCCUGAUCAUGUGACUUAUUUUAUCGAUUCUCUCCAAGGAAGAACAGCUCAGGUGAGAUACGCAGAGUCGUCAAUGAGGAAUGGUUUUGGACUAAAGUUAUUACACAAAUUUUUCAAUUUACCGUUUCUUCAAUUACAACGUGAGACGUUAUUGAAACAAUUGGAUACGAACGAGGAAGAAACAAGACUUACGGUCGACGAGCUUGAUCUGUUCCAAGACGGAGAUGAUGCGGAUUACAACAAAUUUUUAGAUAAUUUAGUGAACAAAAGACGUGCUAUUGCCGAUUCGGUAUCUGCAUCUGCAUUGACGCCAAACAUAACUUCGUCUCUAAGCACACAUCAAAUAUCACCCUCAAAUAGUUCUGCAAAUUUGAAUUCGGAAGUCAAGAGAUCGUCGUCAAUGCCUGGUCCCAUUGGCCCGAUUGGCGGCGGUACGCCCAUACCAGUGAAAAACAUUGAUUUCAAGUUUCAACCAAAGAAAGAAAGCUCGCUGUCGAGAUUGGAAAAUUCUGCAACUUCACAAAAGAUAUUACAAGCUGCGUCAACUUUACCAAAUAUCCAAACAUUGCCAAAAGUAGAAGUGACUAAAGUUGAUGACUCUGCGUCCGAUAAUUUGGAAAGGAGAGAUUCAACCCAAAGAUCACAGUCGUUUAUGUCUAAAAUAUUUGGCAAGAAGGAUGAAGAAACUGAAAAAACAGUCGAAACAUACAUGACAAACUCGAAUAAUGCAAUAACCAGUGUUGAGGAUUUCGUACCAGAUGAUGGAAUGCUUGAUAGGUCAUUCUUGGAUGACAAUAGCCAAGCAACUCCACAAAAAGUACAACAAACACAGGCUGACUCUGAGAGUGAUACUGAAACGGGAAAUCCGCUUGUCGCGGGUUACGAAGAUGAUUUGUCAUCCGCAGACGAAAAUCCUGCACCGGUUCAACUAAUACUUACUGAAAAUCCAUUAAUCAAACAAAAACAUAAACGAGAUUCUUUGGCCGAGGCUGAUACAAAUACAGAGAAACAUAGACAGAAUGUAACAAAGCGGGACUCAGUUUCUUCUGUCGAGCCAGAAUUACAGAUAGUGAAUGAUUACGAUAUCGGUGACUCGCACGAAAUAAAAACAGAGGCAUUCGACACCUGGUUAGGGCAAGAUUCUAAGUGGAGACAGAGUCCUGAAGGGGGAGAGGACGUCAGCAGUACAAGUACAAAAAAGGAUAGAUUAGAAUUAAGCGACAAGAGUUUAGACGUCAGCAUGACAAGCUCAAACGUACACUUAGAACUGCUGGACAACACAAGUAUGCGACAAAUGAGCUCAAAUAAUAGCAGCCCCGUUAUGAAGGAGAAAAAGAAACUCAAAGAGAAGAGCGAAGAGAAAGAGAAGAAAAAAAAGAAAAAAUCCAAAGAUAAAGAAAAAGAGAAGGAGAAAUCGGAUAAGUUGGAAAAAAGAAAGAAACGAUCAUUCAGACGUUCAAAAGAUGGGAAUAGAGAACACGACGAGUUGGAAGAGUUUUUGAACGGAGCGGCAACAAGGCCAGGGAUAGACGCCGCUUACGAAGCUAUAUAGCCCUACGAGAUGGUUAGAAGUUUAAGAUGGCCACAUCUCAGAACGACUUCAAUUUCUGGCGUCUAACAAAGGAUAGAAAAAACGUCUUGCUUCGAAACUUUGGUCCAGAAUAUAAUGAGAACACGAAUAGAUAAAUUGAAGGGUAAUAAUAAAUGCUUCUGAAAUGAAUAUAACGCAAAAUAGCUUUUGGACUUGGGAAAGACAAAUUAUUUGGUAUAACAAAAUUAUUCGUACUUGAGCUUUAAGGUCUGGCGCAAUCUAAUUGCUGAUUGUGAUAUAUAUUAUAUCCUAGCUAUUUGAAUAAUGGAAUGCUGUAAAGUCAUUCAGCAUACCUAAUGGUUGAUCAUUGCAGCAUGCGAGUCGUUCCUCAAUAAUCAAAAAAUUAUUAGCUAUUAAUCGAUAUCACGUACAAGAUCUCUCUUCCAACUUGAAAUAAGUUUCGACAAAUGAAUCAUAAGACUAUCAUUCCAUCUAUCUGUGUGCGUAUGUGUCCAAUAUUGUAAUAACGUUUAGAGUUCACGUUGAACGUCAUUAGGUGUAAAAUACAUUUGAAUAUUGGGUAAUUUGGAAACGAUUGUUUAGAGCGAUCUUUCCCGCCCUUAAUUGUUAAUA